AGAGCUGCCUUGGUCAACUGUAAGUUAUUGUGAAGUGGAAACGUCUAGGAGCAACAACGGCUCAGCCGUGAAGUGGUAGGUGCACAAGCUCAUAGAAUGGGACCACUUAAGCGGGUAAAAAUAGUCUAUCCUCUGUUGCAACACUUAACUACCACGUUCCAAACUGCCUCUGGUAGCAACAUACGCACAAGAACAGUUCGUCGGGAGCUUCAUGAAAUGGGGUUCCAUUGCCGAGCAGCCACACACAAGCCUAAUCACCAUGCGGAAUGCCAAGCAUCGGCUGGAGUGAUGUAAAGCUUGACGCCAUUGGACUCUGGAGCAGUGUAAAUGCGUUCUCUGACAAGUCCGACAAGACAAAUCUGGGUUUGGCGGAUGCCAGGAUAACGCUACCUGCCCCAACGAAUAGUGACAACUGUAAAGUUUGGUGGAUAAAUAAUGGUCUGGUGACAUUUUAAUGUUACUACAACACAAUGACAUUCUAGAAUACUGUGCUUCCAACUUUGUGGCAACAGUUUGGGGAAGGUCCUUUCCUGUUUCUGCAUGACAAUGCCCCUUGCACAAAGCGAGGUCCAUACAGAAAUGUUUUUUUGAGAUUGGUGUGGAGAACUAGACCUUCCUUCACAGAGCCCUGACCUCAACCCCAUCGAACACUUCUGGUUUGAAUUGGAACAUCGACUGCAAGCCAGACAUAGGUCUGUCCCCACCGCGAGAGCAAAAAGAUGGCUAAUAAUGUGGAUGAGGACGAGCAACAACCAUUCCCUGCUGAAUGUAAGAUCAUCAGAGUUACUGUGAAAACACCAAAGGAAAAAGAGGAAAUCGCCAUUCCAGAGAACAGCUCCAUCAAACAGUUUAAGGAGCAGAUAGCCCAGCGGUUCCAGGCACAAACAGAGCAGCUGGUACUCAUCUUCGCUGGGAAGAUCCUCAAAGAUGCAGAUCUGCUGAGUCAUCAAGGCAUCUACAACGGACUGACCGUCCACCUGGUCAUCAAGACCCAGAGCAGGCCUCCGGAGUUGUCUACCUCUCCUUCCAACAGCACUGCCUCAGAACAGGCCCAACCAGAAGGCCCUACCUCUGUCCCUGGACCCCCUCCUGUAGAACCUACCUCUGUCCCUCGACCCUCUCCCGCUUCUUCAGCCACCCCUACCUUCAGCCUUGGUCUAGGCAGUCCAGGGACAGCUGCUGCGGGGCCUGGUCUCGCUGAACUGCAGAGGCAGCUGAUGUCCAACCCUGAGCUGCUGGCCCAGAUUAUGGACAGUCCCUUGGUCCAGGGCAUGCUGUCCAACCCAGACAUGAUGAGACAGCUCAUCAUGGCCAACCCCCAGAUGCAGCUGCUGCUGCAGCACAACCCCAACAUCACCCACCUGUUCAACAACCCUGACGUCAUGAGACAGACCCUGGAGAUAGCACGGAACCCGACCAUAAUGCAGGAGAUGUUGCGCAACCAGGACAGGGCACUAAGAAACAAUGCCCUCCGCAGGAUGUCCACUGAUGCUCAGGGACCCAUGCUGAAUGCUGCUGCUCAGGAACUGAUUGCAGGAAACCCUUUUGCUUCUCUGACGACCUCGUCACCAGGGGAAAUCCAGUCCCCCCGGGUGGAAAAUGGAGACCCCCUCGCCAACCCCUGGGUUCCCCCUGCUUCCACAGACACCCCUAUAGGCACCGCCACACCCACCACUACCCCCACCCUGUCCAGCAAUGGCCCUCAGACCAGCCUGCACAACCUAGGUCCCCCCAUGGGAGGUAGAACAUCCAACAGUGCAGCUAUGUUCAAUAGUCCGGGAAUGCAGAGUCUUCUGCAGCAGAUCACGGAGAACCCCACACUGAUGCACAACAUGCUGUCAGCCCCCUACAUGAGGAGCCUACUCAACAGCCUGAGCCAGAACCCUGACCUAGCAGCACAGAUGAUGCUGAACAACCCACUGUUUUCUGGGAACCCUCAACUGCAGCAGCAAAUGAGACAACAACUCCCAAUGUUCCUCCAACAGAUGCAGAACCCUGAGAUGCUGUCGGCCAUGUCCAACCCCAGGGCCAUGCAGGCACUGCUGCAGAUCCAACAGGGACUGCAGACCCUUGCCACUGAGGCACCUGGAUUCAUACCAGGGGUUGGACAGGGAGGCGCCGGCUCAGAUCUUAACCCUGCCCCUGGAUUGUCAUCAGACCCCGCCCCUAGUGACCUCAGCAGUGGGUCCCAGGAAGUCACGGAAACGGGUCAGCGGCAACAACAACAGUUUGUGCGUCAGAUGCUAGAUGCUCUCGCUAGCACCAAUCAGCAGGCUCAGACUGAAGAGCUGCUGUUCCAGGAGCAGGUGGAGCAGCUGACGACCAUGGGUUUCCUCAACCCAGAGGCCAACCUGCAGGCCCUCAUCGCUACCGGGGGAGACGUCAACGCCGCUGUAGAACGACUGCUGGACUCGCCAUCCUUGUAAUACACACACACUUCACAUGAGCACAUACAAUUAACAAAUUCACGUGCGCACACUCACUUGUACAAUCAUGCAGUUGUACGAUCAGAUGCUUGCACAUUCUUCACUCACAGAGAACUAGUGAAACAUGCACUCCUGAAUGCCAUUUAUAUUGUAUAUGUAAGCUGCUGAACUGUGAAGUGCAGGCCUGUCUGUGCUGUAUGUUCUGAAUGGCCUUAGUUGGUUCAGGCUCUAAUCUGGAUCAUGCUGGUUUCUGCCACAUUCCUUUAUGCAGAGUCCCAUCCAAGACUCUUAAGAGUGAAUAUGCUGCUAGUCUCGCAUCAAGAUGUAUUUCCCUGCUGCUACCAAGGCCUUAAACUCAAAUCAGGAAAAUAACCCAAGGGUUCCCUACUGGUGACCCUUGAGAGCAUGUGUAUAGCAGUCUUAGUUGUGUGUGUGUAUAUAUGUGUAAUGUGAACAGACUGCAUUCACAAUGCACUAAAUGCUGUGUUCUUUUUACCACUUCAUUGUGGUAUAGACUAGGGGAGGCCAGUUUUUCCACUUCAUAGAGGUAUAGACUAGGGGAGGCCAGUUUUUCCACUUCAUUGUGGUAUAGACUAGGGGAGGCCAGUUUUUCCACUUCAUUGUGGUAUAGACUAGGGGAGGCCAGUUUUGCCACUUCAUUGUGGUAUAGACUAGGGGAGGCCAGUUUUGCCACUUCAUUGUGGUAUAGACUAGGGGAGGCCAGUUUUUCCACUUCAUUGUGGUAUAGACUAGGGGAGGCCAGUUUUUCCACUUCAUUGUGGUAUAGACUAGGGGAGGCCAGUUUUUCCACUUCAUUGUGGUAUAGACUAGGGGAGGCCAGUUUUUCCACUUCAUUGUGGUAUAGACUAGGGGAGGCCAGUUUUGCCACUUCAUUGUGGUAUAGACUAGGGGAGGCCAGUUUUUCCACUUCAUUGUGGUAUAGACUAGGGGAGGCCAGUUUUUCCACUUCAUUGUGGUAUAGACUAGGGGAGGCCAGUUUUGCCACUUCAUUGUGGUAUAGACUAGGGGAGGCCAGUUUUGCCUCUUCAUUGUGGUAUAGACUAGAGGAGGCCAGUUUUGCCACUUCAUUGUGGUAUAGACUAGGGGAGGCCAGUUUUGCCACUUCAUUGUGGUAUAGACUAGGGGAGGCCAGUUUUGCCUCUUCAUUGUGGUAUAGACUAGGGGAGGCCAGUUUUGCCUCUUCAUUGUGGUAUAGACUAGGGGAGGCCAGUUUUGCCACUUCAUUGUGGUAUAGACUAAGGGAGGCCAGUUUUGCCACUUCAUUGUGGUAUAGACUAGGGGAGGCCAGUUUUGCCUCUUCAUUGUGGUAUAGACUAGGGGAGGCCAGUUUUGCCUCUUCAUUGUGGUAUAGACUAGGGGAGGCCAGUUUUGCCUCUUCAUUGUGGUAUAGACUAGGGGAGGCCAGUUUUGCCACUUCAUUGUGGUAUAGACUAAGGCUUGCACAGCCUUGGAUAUGAGUGCAAACUUGUAGCACUGAUAUUGAUGUAGCAGUGAUGUCCAAUCAAGAAUAAGUGUGCCUGUGGCUUUAGAUUUAUUCCCAUUUGAUAAUACAAUGACUCACUAUGUAGCUCUAUUUACCUCCAUGUAGCUCUGUGCAUUUUAUUAACUCUUACAAAAUGUACUUUUGACUUGCGUGUUAUUUCAUGGUUAUUAUAGGCUAUGUUGUUUUAUUGUCUAAUGUUCAAACCCUCAUAGUAUGUUCUUAAUGCUCCUACGGUUAGGCUAUAUAUGGAGGAUGAAGUGUUUUUCUUUCUAAACCCCAUGUUUCAUAUUUUUCAUGUCUAAUGUAUUUAUUGUACAAUUUAAAUGUAUUAAUUUGUGCUCUGUUCACCACUGGAGGGCACUGUUGACUCCUGCCUCCUUGAGAGAAAAUAUUCAAUUCAGGAGCCAUUGAAGUACUGCACAUGCAAAAAACAGGAGCAGGAAUGGAAUCUUAAUAAUAUACCUGAAUGGAUAGAGUAGAAUCUUUUAGAGUGCUCAGCAAAGCAAUUACUGAAGUCACUUUCUUAGCACAUUGCCAGUAUGGUGAUGAUACCAACUGCCUUGGAAAAUUGUAGCCUUCAUCUUUUUGAUUUCAGCAUUUAAUUUGUAUUCAUUCUCCUGUGUGCUGGUUAAUAAAGUGAAAUGGAAAAAAAGA